AUGGCGGGGGUUACUUCGACCUCCCAGUCAUCCACCGCUCAAACACAGCCACGUACAUCAUCAUUGCGCCUGUCGCGCGACAGCUUUCAAGAACAGCAAGCGUAUCAGGAGAGGAUAUCGAGUGAAGUCGGAGCACAGGGCAAGCAAUGGAAUGCAAGCAUUCUGAGAAACACCAAUCGCAUCCAGUCCACGGUAGACAAGCCGGAGCUCCAGCAGCCUACUGGGCUCGUGGGCGAGCCCCGAAUGGACCCAAGGGGCUCGAUGUUGCUUCAAAGGCCAUUGCCCACCGCCAGCAUUCCACAUAUCCAAGAAAAAGGACCCGUCGAUCCCCAGCUGGGAGUUUCAGUGGAGGUGGACAGGAGACUUACCGCGUCAGCAGAUGUCACCGGCCUGGCGAUCAACUACCGGACCAGCGUGCCGUCGUCCGAAGGGGAAGAUGAGAUCAGUUCCAGUACGAAUGACAAGGGGCGGACACUGUCUGGUGUCCUGGGAAAGUCCCAGAGACUUGCAUCCCUUCCAAGUCGCCCCCCAAAUUCUCCGAAGCAAAGUCCUAGGUCAAGCCUAGUGUCAUCGCUCGCGUCGACCCCGACUGAGCUGGAACUUGUGGAAGAUGGAGACGAAAUUCCUAUGAUCAGCUUCUCCGAGAAACAACUCUUCGACUUGAUUGACGAGAAUGACACGGCCGUCUUGAAUGGGCGACCUAUACAGCGCACUCACAACGCUCACACUUUCGUGCAACCAAUGUCACGUCCAGACUUUCAGUUCCUGACUCGCCUCCGCGCUCCUUCGCCGAGUUUGCUCUCUCGCCAGGAGACCUCAUCCGAAGAUCGCUUCUCUGAGGAUCGGGACUCUGAGACCUAUGUCGAGCGGCCGGCACACUACCGCCGAGGAAUCCUCUCCUCUAUCCUUAAACUAUAUGAUCACCAGAGCGGCGGCCACAACUGUGACUCUCAGGGUCGGGGCAGGUAUGGCCACUCUCGUCAAGGGAGCACCUCCGAAUGGAGUGGCCGUGGCCUGUCUCCAGACCCUCUGUGGAAACCACACCGGCCUCAAAAAUGGUAUGAAAAGCCGGGAAACCACUCCACUUCGACCCUGUCGGGCUCAAGCCCAAAGAAGACAUCCCCCAUGAGCAUGCUCAAACGCUCCAGGAGUAGUGGGGCAGUCUCAGGGAGCUCGAUGGGUGGGGUGGCUCGUCGCUGGAUGAAGCCUCAAUUGGAAGACGAGAUCCGUAUCACCGUCCAUAUUGCCGAGCUUCUUUCCCGCCAGCGGUAUUUGAUUCGACUCUGUCGAGCACUGAUGAAGUACGGAGCUCCGACUCAUCGCCUGGAGGAGUAUAUGCGCAUGACUGCUCGCGUCCUGGAGAUUGACGGCCAAUUCCUCUAUAUUCCUGGUUGCAUGAUCAUCUCCUUUGAUGAUACUUCAACGCAUACAACCGAGGUGAAGGUUGUUCGGUCCAGCCAGGGCAUUGACCUGGGCAAGCUUGCUGAUGUACACGAGAUCUACAAGGAGGUGAUCCAUGAUGUGAUUGGGGUGGAGGAGGCUACUCAAAGACUCGAUACGACUAUGAAGCGGCCUAGCAAGUUCCACAUCUUGUUCCUCAUCUUCGCUCACGGCUGUGCAAGUGCAUCAGUCGGCCCCUUUGCGUUCAAUGCUCGACCCAUUGAUAUCCCUAUUGCCUUUUUGCUCGGGUGUCUUCUUGGCGUCUUGCAACUCAUUUUGUCACCCAAAUCGAGCUUGUAUUCGAACGUAUUCGAGAUAUCAGCCGCGGUGUUGACAUCCUUUUUGGCUCGGGCCUUUGGGAGUAUUCGAUUCCAAGGAGAACCGCUCUUUUGCUUCUCUGCUUUGUCACAGGCAUCCAUUGCAUUGAUCCUACCGGGAUAUACAGUGUUAUCUGCCAGCUUGGAGCUUCAAUCGCGCAGCAUUGUUGCGGGUUCCGUCCGCAUGGUCUAUGCCAUCAUCUACUCUCUCUUCCUCGGGUUCGGCAUCACCAUUGGCACUGCUGUUUAUGGACUACUCGACCCACAAGCAUCCACCGCAUAUACGUGUCCGGCCAGUCCUAUCACCAACGAAUAUGUUCAACAUUUUCCCUUCGUUGUCAUCUUCACGAUAUGCUUGGCAGUUGUCAAUCACGCCAAAUGGAAGCAGAUUCCUGUGAUGGCGACCAUCUCCUUAGCAGGCUAUGUAGUCAGCUACUUCAGCUCCAAACGAUUCUCUUCAAACACUCAGGUGUCCAAUGCCUUGGGCGCUUUCGUUAUCGGCGUGAUGGGAAACUUCUACAGCCGUAUACGCCAUGGACUUGCCGCGGCCGCAAUGUUGCCGGCGAUUUUCGUUCUAGUCCCCUCCGGACUGGCUGCCAGCGGGUCUCUUAUCUCGGGAAUCACAUCCGCCGAACAAAUGACACGUUCCCCGUAUGCUGUUGUUGCAAAUGGCACACAAGGCUUUGUUGAUGCUGCAAAGAACCUAUCAGCGGCCGAACAGAGAAACCAGAGCUACGGUGUUGUGUUUGAUAUCGGAUAUGGCAUGGUCCAAGUGGCCAUUGGUACAACCGUGGGCCUUUUCCUGGCUGCCCUUGUAGUCUAUCCUUUUGGGAAGAAACGCAGUGGUCUGUUCAGCUUUUAA